AAAAAGAAGAUGGUUAAAACUUAAACGGAACUCCCACAGUCAGACAUAUAUAAAUAGAAAGAGUUUUAUAAAACCAAACCCUUACAUACACAUAUGUAUGUAUCAUGUAUGUAUAUAUAUUGAUUGAACAUGGCAGCUAAAAGGAGGGACUCCCUCGUCUAGGUUUAAAAACCCUGCUCCAUUUAAACACAAUAAUAGAAGCUGUUUAUUAAUUCGGUAUUAUAUUUACUAAUCCUCGUACGAGAGAGAGAGAGAGAGAGAGAGAGAGAGAGAGAGAGAGAGAGAGAGAGAGAGAGAGAGAGAGAGAGAGAGAGAGAGAGAUUUCUGGUUUGGGGCAAUCGCUUGUAAAACGAGAUAUGUACGUACAAUAUAUGUAGAAAUAAAGGGAGGAUUGUUUUGUGUGGUGUUGAAGAAAUUCUUGUUUUGACAUAAGGCUAUGGAGCUAGGUUAUUUAUGUUGUUUCUAGAUUAGAUUAAGAAGAAAGUACAGAAGAGUUCCAUUGUUGAAGCAUUAUUGUUUUAUGUAGCCAUAUCUAUAUACUACUGUGCGCCCACUAUUACAACAUAGAUUAAUUAGCAGAAAACCCUUUUUUUUUGGGGAGUGGAGAAAUGUGGAAUCUCAAUGAUUCGCCGGAUCGGAGGAGGGAUGAUUAUAAAGAAUCCGAUGGGUUUUCCGAUGACAAAGGAAAACGGGUCGGAUCCGUUUCCAAUUCAAGCUCGUCGGCGGUGGUUAUUGAGGACGGCUCAGAGGAGGAAGAUGCUGAGAGAUCUGCAGUUGGUGGUGGUGGUGGUGGAAGGAAGAGAUCGAGCAGCAAAAUCUUUGGGUUUUCCGUUGCUCACGGUGAGACCGGGUCGGGCUCCUCCUCGUCGCCGGUGACCCGGCAGUUCUUUCCGGUGGAUGGGUCGGGGAUUACGGUAGGCGGCGGCGGAGGAGGAGGAGGACAGCCCAAUUUCCCAUCGGCUCACUGGCUGGGAGUUAAAUUCUGCCGGCCGUCGGAGCCUCACGGCGGCGCUGCCAUGGGGAUGUCGGCGGCGGAGGUUGCCCAGCCGCCGAAGAAGAGCCGGCGAGGCCCUAGAUCGAGAAGCUCCCAAUAUAGAGGGGUCACGUUUUACCGGCGAACUGGCCGGUGGGAGUCACACAUAUGGGACUGUGGAAAACAAGUCUACUUAGGUGGAUUUGAUACAGCACAUGCAGCAGCCUGUGCAUAUGAUAGGGCAGCUAUUAAGUUCCGGGGAGUUGAAGCAGACAUAAACUUCAGUUUAGAUGAUUACCAGGAAGACUUAAAACAGAUGAGAAAUUUGACAAAGGACGAAUUUGUGCAUGUACUGCGUCGACAAAGCACCGGUUAUCCGAGAGGGAGUUCGAAAUAUAGAGGUGUUACCCUGCACAAAUGUGGUAGAUGGGAAUCUCGAAUGGGCCAAUUCUUGGGCAAAAAGUACGUUUAUCUGGGUCUUUUUGAUACAGAAAUUGAAGCUGCUAGGGCUUAUGACAAAGCAGCGAUAAAAUCGAACGGAAAAGACGCCGUCACCAACUUCGAUCCCAGUAUUUAUCAAGAAGAACUUAAAUCUGCUGAUUGUACGAGCAGCAAUGCAGAAAAUCACAAUCUCGACCUGAGUUUGGGAAAUUCACCACGAAAGGCGGCGGCGGGAGGAGGAGGUAAGGAAUUAAUGUCUGGAUUAAUCGCAAACGAGCGGCAUUCGCAAUUUGAUUUCGAUUUGAGAUCGAACCGAGGAUUAAGGCCUGACGAAUAUCAUAAUAAUAAUAAUAAUUACCAGAAGCAUGGUGGAGGGAGAAGAGAAGGGAAUUAUUACAGUAGUGAGACAGAAAAUUUGGAGCUAAGAUUUGGUAAAUUGGGUGAAUUACCACACGUGCAGCUUCCAUUGUUAAACGCACAACACCAUGAGCAGGUUGGUGGGGGAAGAAGCAAUUACAGUACAGAAGGAGGAAAGAAGGCUAAUUCAUCAUCAGUAACAACUACAAGAAGAAGUAUUAAUAAUAAUAAUAAUAAUAAUAAUGAAGAGCAAUAUUGGCAAACAAAUAACAAGGAGACGACGUCGUUUGCUAACAAUGCUGCAGCAUCAUCAGGAUUCCAGCAGAUUAUAUUCAGACAACCACCACCACCACCGUCAACAACAAACUGGCUCCAGAAUUGUGGGACCCACCCUCUCAUCAGACCCUCAUGAUUUUAUUUCUCUUCUUCUUCUUCUGCACGUACGUACCUACUUACGUAUGCACGCCAUUUUUUUUACUUUCUGUUUUCACCCCCAGCUGCCACCUCAGCUCCAUUAUCAGACUCAGAAGAAAAGAAAAAAAAUUUCAUUUUCUCUAAUCUGUAAGAAAGAUUCCUUUUUUAGUACUUGUCCUAAUCCACAUACAAUAUCUUACCUUAGAUUACAUUAUAUAUAUUA